GGCGCCUCGGCCGCCCUGCUUCCUGGAGCUGUGCUCCUUUGACCCCAGUGGCAGUCCCUGUCACUGCACCGCUCUCGCUCCCUCCGGCUCGCCGCGCCCUCGCUCCCUCUCUUCGCCCCCUCGCUCGCUCUCUCCCCAGAUCGAGGCUGCUCCCGUCCUUUCUCCCCCGCGCCUCCCUCUCGUGCCGCGCCCCCCGGCCCCCAGCCCCAGCCCGCGGCGGGACCUCUGGGGUCGAAGGUUCUGGCCCGCCCGCGCCCCUCGCCGCCCCCGCGCGCCUCCCGCCGGCUCCUGCCGCUUCGCGAUGGAUCGCCUGCUCGCCGGGCGCUGAAGGCAUCCCCAAGACCCGGAGCGCAGCCCGGGAAAGAAACACACAGCAGUAUUGAUGAGUAGACCCUUGGGUUCAGAGAUUGGGCUGAAACGCACCAUGCCUGCUUCCAUCCUUUGCUCCGGAAAGUUGUGAAUUGCUCAUGCCUAUAGGGAGGAAGGAUGGCACAUGGGAUUCCUUCUCAAGGCAAGGUUACCAUAACGGUGGAUGAGUACAGCUCCAACCCCACCCAGGCAUUCACGCACUACAACAUCAACCAGAGCAGAUUCCAGCCGCCACAUGUACAUAUGGUCGACCCCAUCCCAUAUGACACUCCAAAACCAGCGGGCCACACGCGGUUUGUCUGCAUCUCAGACACACACUCCAGAACAGAUGGUAUCCAGAUGCCUUAUGGGGACAUCCUUCUCCACACAGGCGAUUUCACCGAGCUGGGACUGCCCUCAGAGGUUAAGAAGUUUAAUGACUGGUUAGGAAACCUGCCCUAUGAAUAUAAAAUAGUGAUUGCUGGGAAUCAUGAACUGACAUUUGAUAAGGAAUUCAUGGCAGACCUUGUUAAACAGGACUACUACCGUUUCCCCUCUGUGUCCAAAUUGAAACCAGAGGACUUUGACAACGUUCAGUCCCUCCUGACAAACAGUAUUUACUUACAAGACUCGGAGGUAACAGUGAAGGGAUUCAGGAUAUACGGUGCACCUUGGACCCCGUGGUUUAAUGGUUGGGGCUUUAACCUGCCCAGAGGUCAGUCUCUGCUGGACAAGUGGAACCUUAUCCCUGAGGGCAUCGACAUACUCAUGACACACGGACCUCCUCUCGGUUUUCGAGACUGGGUUCCAAAGGAACUUCAGAGAGUGGGCUGCGUGGAGCUUCUAAACACAGUCCAGAGGCGAGUCCGGCCCAAACUCCAUGUGUUUGGUGGAAUCCAUGAAGGUUACGGCAUUAUGACCGACGGUUACACAACGUACAUCAAUGCCUCAACGUGUACAGUCAGCUUUCAACCGACCAACCCUCCAAUUAUAUUUGACCUUCCAAACCCACAGGGCUCCUGAACCUCCAAAUGCCCAAUUGGAAUGUGAGGAAAGGUCUAAAAACUGCCAUUUUUCUAAUUAUAAACUUACAUUCUCUUCCUUGUUUAUUUCCAGAUCAUGUGAGUUCUUUUUGUAAAUUGCUGGAACACAAAUGAUGCUAGAGGUUGUGCUUCUUCUUUAUUUUUUUUUUUUAAAUGGGGCAUCCAUUUGGAAUCAAAGGAGCGUUGUGAAUUUGUAAAAUGACUUCUGUUUUCUCAAAGGCCACGCCAUUGUAAAUUGUUAGUGUUCGCCAAAGGACAGCCAAGCUUUCUUUUGAAAAGGUGACAAAAGUCUUAUUUUAAUAUGCUUUAAGCUGGAAAAAAAAAAAAGACAAAAAAAAAAAGAAACAGGUAGUGUUUUAAAAACCACCCAGAUUUGCACAACUGUUUUAAGAGUAUUGUCUGAAGUAUUUUAUUUUUUGAUGUUUUGUUGUUGUUGUUUUUCUUGGGAAUGCUUCUUUUUUGCAGACGUGGCCCGGAUUUAGAACAAUCUUUUCAACAAAAGUAGGCGUGGAAAAGACUUCUCUUCAACACUGUCACUAUAAAGAAAGCUGUGUCGAGGGAAGAAAACGGCCCUCUUUUAGAGGAUGGCUUAGCUAGUGAGAUCCAUAUUGUGAUUAUACAAGGAUUCAUUGUAUGUUUGUUUCUUUUAAAUUAUUUUAGCUUUAAAAAUAAGGAAAUGGAAUCUG